AUGGCUUUAUGCCAUGGUCAUUGCCCACUGUUCAUGGGAGUGAGUGUGUCGAUCCUCAGUGAGUCUGUCAAUCCUCGUUUGAGCUCGCACCACGCUGAUCCGACACACUGGGUAAACUUGUGUUUCAAAUGGAUUUACCUUGCCUUCCUCGCGCUGCAGUUUGUGCUAGCUCUUGGUAACAGACCAAAGGGUGAACGGACGGCAUAUGCAAUCACACUAUGGGUCUACGCCUUCUUGGCUGUUUACCUUCUCGUGUGUUCAUUCUGGCUAACCGGCAAGGCAUUCACUCCAACUGAAGAACAAGACGUCAAUCCAAAUAUUCAACAGGCUGUGUGCAAUGAGAACAUCAAGAUCGAUAACUUCCUGUACAAUAGAUCCUAUUGGUCCGAUGGAUCCUGGUAUUAUCAAUGGACAGCGGAUUAUGCAGUAGAACAGCAGGUGAUAAACAACAACAAUACUUUCAUGGUUUGCCCGAAUCAAGUCUUACCUUCAGCAUCCCUCCCCACAUCUACGACGGCCCCUACUGCAGGUGGCUCUGCCAUUGUCACAACUAUUGUCUCUGCAUUCCAUACCAGCUCUGUGAAUACUAAUUCAGCGGCUUCGUCUACUUCACGGAUAGCCAUCAUCGGUGGUGCAGUGGGUGGCGCUGCGCUCACCAUAAUUGCAGUGCUCAGUGGUGUUUACUCUUAG